AUGCUCAUAACAAGACGGCAACAGAGUAGCGUAAGUUGCUCGGUGGGAGAGGAGAGGCGUGCCCGCCGGCGCCACGCCCGGUCGCAGCGAGAGGAAUUCAGCACCGCCUACCGACCACCAAUUCAUUUAGGAUAUUUGCGUUUCAGAAAAACCUCAUUGCGCCCUCCUAUCAUACACAUAAAGUCCAAAUUCCCCGAGACGAAGUUUAUACACGUGAAAGAGUACGCGGACGAUGAAGAGCACAGCCACCUUCAUGCUCUUCUCGUCUUAUCCAGCGAGUGCUUAUUA